UUAAAUAAAAAGUUGAAAGUUGUUACUUGUUAGUGACGUGACCGGAAAUUCAUCUCGGCUCACCGUAGACCCUCCGUAUAAUUCAACCAUCAAUUCCUGCGAAUUCUUUCCCCCAAAUUCCAUUCCAAUCCAAUCCUCCAAAAUCUUUCUCUCUCUCCCCCCCUCCGUGUCAAUGGCGUCGACGACCGCCGGUGUUCUCCUGUUCGCGGCCCUCAUCGGCGUUUUGGCAAUCUCCACCACCGCAAGACCUUGCAAAACCAUUUUCUUCAUCACUUCGUCAUCAUCUCACUACCCCACCGACGAUCCUUUCCUCCCAAAACCUAAUUUCCAUAUUCUUCGAAACCCCAACAAUUCCCCACGUCUCACCUUUUUCGUCACCGAAAUCCGCGAAUUCCAUCGCACCAGAUCGCUUCCUCGCUCUGCAUCUGUUUUUGAUCGCUCUAUCGAAUCAUCAUCAUCCGAUGAUGUUGUCUCUUCAGUUCCGUAUUAUUCCGCAACGUCUACCUCUGUUAAAGCAUCGAUUCGUGAACGUACCAUGGACAUCAUGAGCAUCGUCGGCGCGUUACUCUUCGGCGUUGGAUGUGGUGCUCUCACCGCCGCUACCAUGUACUUAAUCUGGUCCCUGUUCGCCCCCAGACGCUUUGAUUUUGGCGCGGAUUCUGAUGAGGAGAGCGAUGACGAAGAAAAUGGCGUUAGAUCUAAUUCGAACGGUUACGUCGCCAUCCCUGCCGUUGCUAAACCUGUGCCUCCUACUGCCGACGAAGUUGCUGCAAUGAAAUGAAUGAAGCGUUUUCGAGGUUUCUGCUUCUAGUAAGGCUUUUCGAUUUUCAAAAUCUUUCUUCUCUCUGUCUAUUCUCCCUGAUGUUACUAAACCUUAAUAUUGCAAUGCAAUGAAUAUCUGGUGUUAUGAUCA